AUGGAGAUGAACAAGGAGCAGGCUAAACGGUGCAUCGAGUUGGCAACUUUUGCCCUGAAAAUGGGUAAUUUAGAGAAAGCGGAAAAGUUUUUGAAAAAAUCCCAAAAUCUGUACCCGUUGGCUGAGGCGAAAGAACUGCUGAAGCAGAUGAGGGCGGCCGGAUAUAAACCUAGCACAGGAACUGCGACUGGUGCCGGUGGGACAGCGAAUGGUGCAUCUGCCGCCCGCAAACGUCCGGUCAAUCGGGAGGACGAAAACCCGGCGGAACCAAAGCUGAACGUUGAUUACACCCAGGAACAAGCGGACGCGGUUAAGCGCGUCCAGAAGAGUAAAGACUUUUACGAAGUGUUGAAAGUGUCGAAGGAAGCUACUGAUUCCGAGAUAAGGAAAUGCUACAAGAAGCACGCAUUGCAGCUGCAUCCGGACAAAAACAAAGCACCAGGCGCGAUGGAAGCGUUCAAAUCGCUCGGCAACGCGGUAGAAACGUUAACCGAUCCGCAAAAACGGAAAGCGUAUGAUCUGUACCGUAUCACUGGGAGCGGAUCGUCGGGCACGCGGACGCGAACACCGAACGGUGGCUACACUUACGGUCAGAACAGGUUCAACUUCCAGUCCGACUUCGACACGGGUAUGGACCCGAACAAUCUGUUCAACAUGUUCUUCGGAGGUGGUUUCCCGCAGCAGCAGCAACAGCAUCAGCAGCACCAUUACUAUCGUACUCGUACCGGGCGUACCUCACAGUAUGACGACCGGAACGUUAGUCAACCGAGUCUUAUUUUUGGCAUGAUCUUGUGUUUUAUCGUCAUUUCGCUUAUGUCGACUUUCUUCGCCUCCGAUCCGGUGUACAGUUUGCAGCAGACGGGAAAAUUUUCGGUCGAACGGCGUACACUCAAUCUGAAGAUACCGUACUACGUGAAGAACAAUUUCCUAAGCGAAUAUCAGGGCACUUUGGCGCGGCUCGAGCACUCGGUUGAGGAAGAGUAUGUGACGUACAUGAAGCGAGCCUGUAGCAACGAACGGACGUAUCGGGAUGCAAUGAUCGGCCGGGCAAAGAGCUUUGGCAGCCGGGCACAGUUUCAGCAGGCACAGCAGCUUAAGAUGCCGUCGUGUGAGGCACUAUAUCGUUUGGGCAUCGGUGUGGUACAGUACUAA